AUGGUCUCUGUCGCCUAUAUGGAUCCUGGUAAUUACUCCACCGCUGUGGCUGCUGGUUCAGCUUUCCAAUACAAACUUCUAUUUUCGAUCUUCCUUUCGAACUGUCUAGCGGCGUUCCUUCAAACCUUGGCCGCUAAACUAGGCGCCGUUACAGGUUUGGACUUGGCUGCUAACUGUAAGGAAAACCUACCUCACAGGCUCAACAUCUUCAUUUAUAUCUUGGCUGAGAUUGCCAUCAUUGCUACCGAUUUGGCUGAAGUGGUUGGAACUGCUAUCGCCCUUAACAUUUUGUUCAACAUUCCCUUAACCCUUGGUGUCAUCAUUACCAUGGUGGACGUGUUGAUCGUCCUCAUGGCAUACAGACCCAACGGUCCCCUUCUAUUCAUCCGCAUUUUUGAGUCAUUUGUUUCUGUUCUUGUUGGUGCUACUGUGGUUUGUUUCGCCAUCGAGUUGUUCCAAGUCUCCAAGGAGCCCACUUUUUCACUUGUCGAAGUUCUCAAAGGUUUCUUACCAAAUGAAAAGGUGAUUGAUACGAGUGAGAGAGAAGGAGGCAAUGGUCUUUUCCUCAGUUUGGCUAUCAUGGGUGCUACUGUGAUGCCCCACUCGUUGUAUCUUGGUUCGGGUCUUGUCCAGGCCAGACUCAAGGACUUCGAUAUCAAACAUGGAUACUACACUCCACCAAAACCGAUCGAGAGUGAGUCUACUGCUGACCCCGAAGAAGAGAGAGUCCACUUAACUGGGGACGAAUACGCGGAUGCUGUGGGCGCCAAGGAACCCGAGGAAUACUAUAGACCUUCCGUACAUGCUAUCAAGGACACAAUGUCCUAUACGAUCGCAGAGUUGGUUAUUUCUCUUUUCACGGUGGCUUUAUUUGUCAACGCUACUAUUCUUAUCGUUGCUGGUGCGACUGUUGGAUCCAAGAACAAACAUCGGACUCGUGAUGACGAUGAUCACCAUGACCACGAUGAGUCUGAUUCAGAUGACGAAGGUGGCGAUAAUGCUGACUUGUUCACUAUCUACCAUUUACUUUCCAAUCAUCUUUCACAGACAGCAGGUUUCGUUUUUGUCCUCGCGCUUCUUUGCUCAGGUCAAUCAGCAGGAGUUGUCUGUACCCUUGCUGGUCAGAUGGUCUCUGAAGGAUUUUUGCUGUGGAGUUUCCCACCAGUUAUUCGUCGUCUCGUUACAAGAGCAUUGGCCAUCUUCCCAUGUAUCUUGGUUGUGUCGAUUGCCGGAAGGGAGGGUUUGUCAAAGACUUUGAACGCGUCCCAGGUUGUUUUAUCGAUAUUGCUUCCCGUUGUCACAGCACCGCUUAUAUACUUCACUUACUCUAAAAAGAUCAUGAGUGUGCCAAUUUUGGUGAGAGACGGUGACGAGGACGUGGAUACUAUAUUCGAAGAAGAGCUUGCAAUCGGAGGACUUUCUGAUAGCGGCACACAGAAUACAAUUCUACCACUGCGCAAUCGUUAUGCUGUCGGUGAACCGGCUAUCAGACUCCAAGAUCUUAGGAAGGCUCAUCCUUGUGUUGGAUGGGAAGACGAAACGGACGAUGAGAGUCAUGAACGUCAAAACUUGUUCCUGGAACAAAACAGGUCCGCUGCUAACUUUACUCCUGCUUCGAAUGGAUACGACAGGGAUUCCCAAAGCCCGCCUCCAUAUCCAGCUACUCCUGCUCCCAUUGACGCUUCGUCGGAUGAUCUUGUCCGCAUAAAGGGCUACAGUGACAUGAGUAAUGGUCCAUGGAUGAAUUUCUUUGCGAUUACAUCUUGGGGGUUCGUUACUGUGCUUAACAUGGUUCUUAUAGGCAGUUGGGUCCUUGGUUACGACGUUCCGCUUUAA